GCUAGCAAAACCAGACCAACUUCAAGUAAACAUGGCGGAAUACAAUCCGUUUUUCGCCGACGAGGAUGAGGAACCGGUGGAGGACAGCAUCGUGGCCGCUGUCGAGUCCCCCUCAUUGGGCCCGACAGACGAUGGCGACACGGACACGCCGAUCGUCGACACCGGUUCACCCAAGAGUAAAACUGCUCCAGUGACCGCCCUGAGCGGUCAUUCGGCCGAGCCGAGUUACGAUGCAAUCGCUGCCAAGUUUCUGAAGGAUCGGAUGGUUUUGACGGCAUUGGAGAUGCACACUGAACUCAUCGAGAGCGGCCGUGAGCUCCUUCGCCUCAGGGACUAUUUCUCCAACCCGGGAAACUUUGAACGGCAGGAAAACACCUUGCAGCUCAAUCCAUUACAUCGCACAUCCAGUGAGACCACGUUCGACUCGCUGGACCUGGCCCGCUAUUCCGACGAUGGUGUCAACCAGUCGGACGAUAAGCACGCCGUGCUGGAGUUUGAGCUACGAAAGGCCAAGGAUACCAUCAAGGCAUUGCGGGCUAACCUCACAGAGGCAGCAGAGAGUGAAGUUCCAUCGCCAAUCCACACCACUAAGACAGCUGAAGGUGUGAUAGCAGAGGACACCAUGAAACCUCUGGAGCGUCGAGCUCUCAACUUUCUCAUCAACGAGUUUCUACUCCAACGUGACUACAAACUCACCUCAAUCACAUUCUGCGAUGAGAAUGAAGAACAGGAUUUUGAUGACUGGGACGACGUUGGCCUGAACCGUUCCCGUCCCCCGGACCUGCUGCAUCUAUACAGGGAUUACAGCAGGCACGUCAUCCCUGCCAAGGAGACGGCCGAGGUAGGAUGCGGGGACGACAGCAUCUUGGCUGAGCAGUCGGAGGAGGUUGAGGCCGACCUGGGAAUGGCCAUGGACGAGGAGAGAGAGAAACUGGAAGCACAAGUCUUACAACUCAGCGAGGAACUCGCAGCCUAUGCUGAAGAAAACCAAAGUCUGAAGGAACAAAUGCAGAAGAUGCAAAAGGAUGUUGAUGCGUUACAGACGCUGAAAACCUCUACUCCUGGCGUCAGCCCAAUCGGUACUCCGCAUAAAGCAUCAGAUGCAUACAUGAAGAGAACGGGCACCGCCUCGGACUCAACAGAAAGGGAAGCACCAAAUACCAGACCCGAGGAUGCUGGGAACGGAGAGGACCUGCCGGACCUGGCCAGCAACUUACCGGAGGAAGAUGCCGACAGCAGAGGUCACAUGACCACGAGACCGGAGGACAACGACGGGCAGGAGAGACCGACGAAAAGGAACUCGUCCCCAAGGGAAUUAACACCCUUCCAGCAAGCCAUUAACGAAGCCGUCUUGCCGGUGAGAGACGUCACCCAGGCACGCCUACGGGAGGAAGUGUCGCGUAUCGCUGACGACGGGGCGGGCGUGGUCCAGAUGCUGGCCCGGUGCCUACCUCACAUCGUACCCAAUGUCCUCAUCGCAAAGAGAGAGGAGCUAGUUCCGCUCAUCGUCUGCACGGUCACGCUCCACCCUGACCCUAACGAGAGAGACAAACUUCUCAAUCUGCUGUUCAACCUGAUCAAGAAACCUGAUGAAGAACAGAGGCAAGUGAUCCUGAGUGGUUGCGUGGCGUUUGCCAAGUACGUGGGCCCAGAGCGCGCCGAGGCCGAGCUCUUACCUCAGUGCUGGGAGCAGAUCACCCACAAGUUCCCUGAGAGACGGCAACUAGUGGCCGAAUCCUGUGGGGCCCUGGCUCCAUACUUACCGAAUGAGAUCCGCAGUUCCCUGGUGCUGUCCAUGCUGCAGCAGCUUCUGCAAGACAAGACGGACUGCGUGAGAGAGGUCGCUGUGCGAAGUCUGGGUCUGGUCUUCUCUCUGACUGAAGACACAGAUAAGUACAAUCAAGGUCUAGAGCUAGUCCUGUCCACACUAGAAGAUCCCUCGGAGAGCGUGCUUGGAGCAACCAGACAAGUAUUCCUGCCGGCCUUCGCAUCCUGGGCCUACAGGCUGGGGCGUCUGGAGUCCAACCUCAUCACGGCCGUACUAAAGAGACUGGAACUAGCAGCUAUUGAUCUUCAGCGAGCCAGUCGGGAGUCCUCGGUGGACGAGAGAAAGCUUCAACUCUUCAGCUCCACCCUGCAGUGUCUGAUUCCCGCCCUCUUUGCCUCGGUUCUCUUGGGGGCGCCCUUCGACACGGAGGAGGAGCCUUCCGGCGAAUAUGAAGAAGUCCUGCAAUUAGAAGUGACUCGGUUUCCCAAGCCCCUGUGCCCACUUCACGAUAUCGCCGUCAUUGUCGGCGACAAGCAACAACUGAAUGCCCUGGUGCAGCAGUUUGAAAGGUACCUCUGUCAGUCUGACUCGGUGGAAGACUGGACCGGCUACACGUGGGUCCUGAACGAAUUCAUUCCAAGGUUACUGGAGGUGUUGGGGCGUCUGGAGGCUGUGCACAGAGACAGCGUCAAGUCAAUGGCCAAACUCUUCCUACACAUCUGCAGAACGUUUGGCAAAACGUUCACAGACUCAAAGAUAAAACCCAAGUUCCAAGCAGUAUUGAAUGUGCCAGAGGACCAGUUAGACUCGGAGACCCUACUUCAGAUGCCAAUCACACGGUCCACCCUCCCGGUCUUUGCCUCGGGGGUCUUGGGCAGCUACAACCGGGAAGAGGAUCGCAAGCAGCUGUCUCAGUUCCUCCAGGAGUCGUUGGUCACGUUGGCUGUGAGCGGCGCUCCGCUGGACAGCAUCAGGGUCACAUUCUUGGAAUUACACACCCACCCAACGUAUCAUGAGUUACUCCUGGCCGCUCUUUGGAGCUGUGUCGUCCACAAAAAGCCCGCGGUCCGGUCCGCCACAGCCAAGCUGUUUGGUGCGCUAGUCAAGGGCAUCAAUGAGUCGCUGGUAUCCGGCAGGGUGGUUCCCGCACUCAUCACAUUGUCAGGGGACGAGGAUAUAAAUGUCAAAAUAGCCACCAUUCCAGCUUUCGGAACCAUCCUGGAAAGUACAACUCAAAAAGAGACCCUGGACAGAGUGUACUCCCAGUUCCAAACCUUUCUGGAUGAUCCACUCUACAAAGAGGAGUACAGCUUGCUGGCCGAGGUCAUACUCACUUUUGGCAAGGUUGGACCCAACGCAGAACCCAAAUUCAGAGAUGAGUUUGUCCUUCCACGAUUGGCCGCCAUAGCCUACACCAAUAACAACACAGCCAAUGAGACACGGCGAUCUGUGCUAGCCAUGGCCCUGUUCAACGCCUACAGUGCGCUGUCGUGCUGCUUCAUCUCCAAUGACCUCAUCUGGGAGUCCAUGUUGCCGGGGUUACGUUGCCUACGCACGGAUCUCGACAUUGUUUCGCCAGAGCAUGAAGCUGUGGUUGCAUCUAUGAUCAAGGAGUUCGAAGCCAAACUAGGAGGAAAAGAAAGGUCUUCGUCGGUGACCAGCAAUAGUGCAAUGACCUCGGGCAGUUUCCACAGCCCCCUGCCGCACAUGAGCGAAGACACCAAGCGGACGCUGCUCAACAAGAUCGGCGCCCAGCGCACCAAAGUAGCCAACGUCUUUCACGCACGCAAGAAGUAACAAGUUGGUAUUUUUCAUAUGCUAAUUUAUGCUAAUAGUAUGCUAAUUGAGGCUAAUAAUUUUGGCACCAAUAGUAGAAUGUCAUUGAUCCUGGCCAUCCUGGAUCCUUCAUAAUCCACUAGGAGGGUUUUUGAAGGAUUUUGUAGGAUUGAGGAAUUUAAAGCCAUCUUCAGGUCGAUGACCCAGACCAGUUUGGGACUGACUUUUCAGGAUAAAGCUGCCCCUGAGCUACGACCGUCGGGAAUAUAUCAGUCACCAAUUUUUUACGUCCUGAAUGUAACUACGUCGAUAUUAAGACAAUCGGCAUCAGUCGGCUCAAACAAAAAAAUCAAUAGUCGCAAGAUGUGAAAAUUGUCAACUUCUGCGCCGCGACGGAAUGCAGCGGGUAUACAAAAAAUGGCCAAAUGAACAGCCGUGGCCGUGGAAGAUUGUUUGGUUGUUAUCAACACGCGUACCACCAUUUUGAGGAAGUCGCAUGAUCACGUCUAUGCCGCGGAAUCGUCGCGUCACGGGGUGAGAGUGUACAUGUCAUGUUUAAAAUUGACCAGUUUUUAUAUAACUUCCCCGAACAGGAUGCUGCUUAGUGCCGAAACAUUGUUGUAGCCAAAAAAAAUGUUUUUAGCCGAAAUGCUGUAGAGGUAAAAAUGCUUGUGACUUGUGGUCGUAUUUGUCGGUGAUUUUUUUUCUACCGGCAAUGUUCAUUUGCAGAGCAAUAUCCAAGUUAUCAUUCAUUCCACGAAAUUGCGCCCAGAUCCUGUGAAAUGAAUCGUUUUUACUCCACAAAGGCCUCAUAGAUUCAGUUGCCGGUGGCUGUUCGGGAAAGCUCAUUUAUAGUUGGCUUUUUUUUGCCAAUAAAAAAAUUUAACAUUGCCGAUUUUUUUUUCAAGUCAGAAGGAAAGGCUUUCCAAUGAAGCUUGGUUUCUUCGUAGAUUGUUUCUAUACAUUUCAGUACUGAAUCUAGAAAAGAAAAUGAUUUCUCAAAUGAAAACUGUCCCGCACGGCAGCAAUGCUAGUAAUUUUGUUUCGCUUCGUAGUUCCACAAUACAUAGACAUAUCACUUGUAAAUUACUCUUAGUCAGCUUAUAUGCCUGUUAAUUGGCUAAAGGUAUCAGUGCCUGCUAAUAAAGAAUCACGUUCACUGCGACAGUACUAUUCGCUUUUGAAAUUGAGUUGAUGAAAUUUGCUAUCACCAUAUUUGCAUAUAUGCAAAUCGAUUUUUAGUACCUAUAAUAUCACAAAAAAAGUCUUUGGUUGCUUUUGAAUCAGAGUGCGUGGAAUCAGGCAAAUUUAGUAUUUAAAGGGACACUGCGUCCUGAAUACGCCCAAUUGGGCUUCAAAACGCGUUUUGAACAAAAUGAUGUUAAUUGGAAAGAACGUUUAAAAGUAGGCUAUAAACAUCCACACAACUAUACGUUAAAAACUGGGUGCUUUUGUAGUAUUCUUGUAUUAUUCGUGUGAGACUUUCGGGGUCCACUUUU